AACAGCUGUGCCGAGCUAGUACGUCGACUGGCGCUUCGCGAUACGCAACGUACCGGUGCACCGAGAGAGCCGGACAAAGGGGGAAAACAGGCUGCGCCCUUUCGCGCGAGCGUGCUCGACGGAGCGGACGAUCGACUCCACAAGGAUGCCGGUCGAAUUGGCACCUCUCGCCACACCCGCGCACAAAGCGGCUGCGUUCAACGGCGGCGGCGAGUCAGGCAGCAGCGGCAAGAUGAACAAGCUGUGCAGGCAGUUGUCGAUCGAGUCGCCGGCGGUCGGCGGCCGGGAUUUUGUGUUCAGCUUCGACGUGCCGGUGCCCGAGGUGCCGGCGCUCGGGGCCCGCAUCCGCGUGGUGUGCGCUGGCGCGUGCUACCACCCGCGGCCGCGCUCGGCCUCGCUCAACAGCACCAACUCGGUCUCGAGCGCCAGCAGCCUCGCCACCGACGUCUCGGUCGAGGGUGACUUCCCGAGCGGCGCGAUCCACCCGCCGCAGCACCACGGCAUGCGCGACGCCGCGCUCUUCCCCGGCUACGAGGUCGCCGGCAUCCUCGAGAGCCUCGGCGCCGAGCUCACCGAGGACUGCGGCUACGCCGUCGGCGACCGCGUCAUCAUGUACCCCUACGAGGGCAUCCCCAACGGCUACGUCGAGUACCUGGUCGUGCACGACCUCAAGUACCUCAUCAAGCUGCCCGACAGCAUGCCGCUCAGCGUCGCCGCCAUGCUGCCCGCCGGCGCCCUGCUCGCCAUGAACACCGUCUUCGCCGCCCACGAGCACGUUCAGAAUUUGCUGAGAGAACGCGGCGACGGCAGCGUCUGCAAGAUCCUCAUAGUGGGCACAGGUGGGCUCGCGUUGUGGGCCCUCAGAAUCGCGGCCUAUCACUUCACGAACAUGAAGGAUCGCGUGACCAUAACCAUCGCCUCGCUCAAAGACGAUGGUCUGAUGAUGGCUCAGGAAUUCCAACGUUGGCACUAUGCUUACAGAGUGAACGUGGUCCAGUGGAGCGAGGAUCUGUACGAGCGGCAGCUAAUCGAGCGUACGAUGGACGCGUGCGGCGGACAGGUGGACGUUGUCAUUGACUUCGGCACCACGUCGCGCAGCUUGCACCGCAGCAUGCAGUGUCUGAACAAAGGUGGCGUUGUGUUCGUCAUCAAGGAGGUGGCCGACCGCCUGCUGCCCAAGUUCAGUCGGCGCGCCGAGGAGCGCCAGCAGAGCAUCAAGCCAGUCGAGCCCGGCAGUCUGGAGCAGCUUCGAGAGUUGGUACAGCUGGUUGGCUCCGGCGAGAUCGAGCCACCGCCGCACACCGUUUACCCGGCCGAAGAGGCCCUCGACGUUGUGCAGAAACUUUGCCACUCGGAGAUCCAAGGCAGAGCCAUUUUGCAGUUCUACCCGACCGAUUAGGCGGCCGAUGCGCCGUGUGCGCAGAUCGCUCGAUGCAACAGCACCGACAAAUGGAUGUUAGAAGACGACUAGGCUCGCGCGGUCGCACUCUCUAUACUCGCCAUUUCGAUGCCGGCGACUGUCCGUGUGAUGUAUGUUCAAUGAUUCGAUGACGACUCGAAGACGCCGGUUGCUGCCAGGAGGACAACAUAGCGCAGGACGACAUGCUGAAUUAUUAUAUGAAUACGAUAGUCGCUUUUAUCUGUUUUAGGAUUUGUCAGUAUUUUUUUUUUCUGUUUCUUGGAUGACGAUUGUUUGCUCUGAGAGAUAUCUAUAUAUACAUAACAUAUAUCGUUAAUUACACAACGUGUACCAUGAGAAGACUGUUCGUUUUUAGUUGGUAAGUCGCUUUAUUUUAUUUUAUUUUAUUUUAUUUUAUUUUAUUUUAUUUUAUUUUUAUUAUUCGUCGUAGUUAAGGACUUUAUCCGGUUAAGAUAUUGAUCUAUAUCGAUUGCGUAGACUUGUAAGGAAUUCAGGGAUGCAGAAAAAGAAAGAAAACAUUAAAAAAAAUUGUCAAGUCGUACCACGUUUGUAAACGUUGAUUGAGCGCCCGUAACACGGCCGACAUUGUAUUAUAAUAACAAUUGU